UAACCGUGUUGUCGAUGCAUUACCCGGUGAAAAUCAAUCUCUUUUUAAUUUAAGAAUUGUGUAUCAGUGGGUGAGGGUGCUUCUUUGUGAGAGACGAAGUGAUUGAUCAAGUUCAAAAGAGAGAGAUCGAGAGAAUGGAGAAUGGUAUGACAAUGGUAGAGCUGACUGAUGCCGAUAUUGACGAAUCUGUAGCUGUCAUGCAAAGGCGCCUACAGGAAAGGAUAGGCGGAAUUCGAAGAGCAUCAAUAUAUAUGGACAACUUUAGUUCAGUUGUCUGCAUAUACAGAGUUCCUGAAAGCCUCGUGGGAAUCAGUCCAAAAGCUCUUAGGCCUGAAAAGGUCUCCAUCGGACCUUAUCACCACAGCAAGAGCAAGGAAUCUGAAGAGACCAAAAUGAAGUAUUUUGAAGCUUUUCUCUCUAGAAAAAAGAGAGAUGGUAGUGCUGGACCUGAUCUAUGUACCUUGUUUAAAGCCGCGAGAGAUAUGGAGGCAGAAGCAAGAAGAUGCUAUGAUGAUCAGACCAUCGCUAUGUCAAGCGCGGAGUUUGUUGCAAUGAUGGUACUUGAUGGGUGCUUUAUCAUUGAGCUUUUCCUACAAGACCAAGAGAACAAACUCAAAGAUGUUAAAGAGAAGGACCGCCUGGUUAUGGACCUCCUCAAGCUUGAAAACCAACUGCCUUUCUUCGUCCUUGAAAGACUAUUCAGCCUGUCCGGUGAUUCAUCUGCACCAGGUUCUAUAGCCUUGCUUGCCUUGAAGUUCUUCAAUGUUUAUGAUCACGAAGUUCUGGAUGAUGUUAAACACUUGUUACACUUGUUUCACUCAAGCUUCCGUACCCCUUUAUUAUUAGAACGAGAUAAUACUCGAUAUCAGCUCUCUAAUAUUAAAAUGCGCUGCGUAGACUUGCUUGGGGGAGCUGAUGAUGUAAUGAUUGCAUAUAUAACGACAUGCCUAUCAAUCGACAGCCCAGCGACCGCAAUGAGAUGCUUCCUUGCAACCCCUUUUCUAUUUGUUUGGGGGAUCCUUGCAUUCCUUUAUCGUCUUCUAAGAUUAGUCGGUUCAAUCCUUUUCUUCUUUGUUUGGUGGAACGUGAACAACGUUCAAAGAUUCCUUCACCCCACAGGUCAGGAGCAUCGUCCUUUCUCCGAUUCAAUCCAAUGUGCCACACAACUAAGACCCUCUGGGAUCAUUUUCAAGCCACUCCUAGCAGAAAGCAUCUUAACUAUCGAUUACCACAAACGGGUACUGCAAAUACCACCCAUAACCAUCAACGAUGUCACUAUUACUAUCUUCAUCAACAGCAUAGCAUUAGAACAAUGUUGCCCACACAAGACUGGUUCUUUAUUUACCACUUACAUUGCCUUCAUGAGCUCUCUCAUCAAUACGCCUAGAGACGUCGCAUUGCUUUCUGGUAACGGGAUUAUCAUUACCAGCUUCUCACACAACGACCAUAGCAUAGCUGAGCUGUUCAACAAGUUGGGGAAAACAGUUUAUUUCGACAAGGAUUGCUACCUCUCCAAGCAAUUCAGAGACGUGGAGGCUUAUUACAACAGCCAUUGGGGUACUUUUCUACGAACUUAUUUUAGCGCCCCAUGGUCCUUCAUUUCAGUUGUCUCAGCCUGCAUUCUUCUUUUGCUGGCCGCAGCUCAAACUGUUGUGUCUAUCUUGAGCUAUAUCAAACAAAUGUCGGACAAGGGAAAGUAAUCGUGAGGCAAAUCCAUAGGCUAGAAUUAGAUCAAGCGAGCCUUUUGUCUUUGUAUGUAACUAUGUAUGUUGUUGUUGUUUUGUUGUUUUGUUGUUUUGUUCUACCAAUAGUUCAUAUAUUAUAGGUGCUAAUUUUUCACAAAGGCAAGUUUGAUUCAGUUGGCCUUGGAACGGGAGGUUUAAUUUCAGUGGAGAAUACAGUUAUUUAGUUCA